UCCGCGGGGUGCUCUCCAAGAUGGCGGCGCAGCGGAGGAGCCUGCUGCAGAGUGAGCAGCAGCCAAGCUGGACAGAUGAUCUGCCCCUCUGUCAGCUCUCUGGAGUUGGCUCCACUCCCAACCGAACCUACGCAGCGGACGGCAAGGGGACGGAGAGCCACCCGUUGGAGGACAACUGGCUGAAGUUUAGGAGCGAGAACAACUGCUUCGUCUACGGCAUCUUCAACGGCUACGACGGCAACCGGGUGACCAACUUUGUCAGCCAGCGGCUGUCAGCGGAGCUGCUGCUGGGUCAGCUGCACUGGGACCACAGCGAAGCCGACGUGAAGCGGGUGUUGCUGCAGGCUUUCGAUGUUGUAGAGAGGAGCUUCCUGGAGUCCAUCGAUGACACUUUGGCAGAGAAGGCCAGCCUCCAGUCUCAGCUCCCAGAGGGCGUCCCCCAGUACCAGCUCCCGCCUCAGUUCCAGAAGAUAGUGGAGAGGCUGAAGGCGGUAGAGAGGGAGAUCUCCGGAGGGGCCACCGCCAUCGUCGCCGUCAUCCUCAACAACAAGCUGUACAUCGCCAAUGUAGGUACCAACCGUGCGCUGCUCUGCAAGUCCACAGUGGACGGGCUGCAGGUGACGCAGCUCAGCGUGGACCACACCGCCGAGAACGAGGACGAGCUCUUCCGCCUCUCCCAGCUGGGCUUGGAUGCAGGGAAGAUCAAGCAGGUGGGCAUCCUGUGUGGGCAGGAGAGCACACGGCGCAUCGGGGAUUAUAAAGUCAAGUACGGCUACAGCGACAUCGAGCUGCUCAGCUCUGCCAAGUCCAAACCGAUCAUCGCCGAGCCAGAAGUUCACGGAGGUCAGUCCCUGGAAGGGGUGACGGGCUUUCUGGUAUUGAUGUCCGAAGGGCUCUACAAGGCUUUGGAAGCAGCCCAUGGGCCCGGGCAGGCCAAUCAGGAGAUCGCCGCGAUGAUAGACACGGAGUUUGCCAAGCAGACCUCCCUGGACGCGGUGGCCCAGGCGGUGGUGGACCGGGUGAAGCGGAUCCACGGCGACACCUUCGCCAGCGGGGGCGAGCGCUCCAGGUUCUGCCCCCGCCACGAGGACAUGACCCUGCUGGUGAGGAACUUUGGCUACCCGCUGGGUGAGAUGAGCCAGCCCGCGCUGACCCCGGCCCCAGGGGGACGGGUGUAUCCCGUGUCGGUGCCGUACUCCAGCGCCCAGAGCACAAGCAAGACCAGCGUGACGCUGUCCCUCGUCAUGCCCUCCCAGGGCCAGAUGGUCAACGGCGCCCACAGCGCUUCCACUCUGGACGAAGCCACGCCCACCCUCACCAACCAGAGCCCGACCAUGACCCUCCAGUCGACCAACACGCACACCCAGAGCAGCAGCUCGAGCUCUGACGGGGGCCUCUUCCGCUCGCGCCCUUCCCACUCCCUGCAGCCCGACGAGGACGGCCGCGUGGAGCCCUACGUGGACUUUGCCGAGUUCUACCGGCUCUGGAACGUGGACCACGCCGAGCAGGGGGCCCUGGCUGUGCCUUAGUGUCCGCGGAGACGCCAGAGAGAGACCGAGAGAGAACCGUCCCCCCGGGGAUGCAGAUUAAUCGCCCUGUGUGGCCCGGCGGCCCCCUGAGGGCAGACCGGAUGGCCCCGUGGGCCACUGAGCCGGUGCCUUGGGGAGUGACCGUGUGGGCAGGGAUGCCUCCUCUUCUCUCUUGCCACGCUUCCCGGGGCAGCUGGGACCCAACUCCCGGAAAUGGGGUUUCCCCCCGCCGCCCCCCGAGCCGUAACACUCCCCGGGUCCGGGGAUCAGCUCAGCAGCGAGCCUUAUGUUGCCAAAAGGAGGUCAGCGCAGACUGUGUCACGGGGGCCUGUAUCUCACCUGUCACUUCAGAUCAGGGUGGGGAAGUGCGGCUCCCGCCUCGAAAAUGGAGCGCUUCAGCCGAUGCCUCCAUUUCUCAGAAUAAAUGUCGCGGUCUGCAGCGGAGGGGCUGCGGGCAUGUC